GACAGGCUUAACAGAGACAGUCCAGUUUGUCUCCCAGUUGUGUCCAGGAUCUUUAGAAGCGUUUAUUUAGAAAGCAAGCGCUUUCUGGAGAAAACGGUCAACAUGAGUAAUAGGUAUUUUUGGAGGUAGAGUCAUAUAAUCAAAAGUAUUAGUUUGCUGUCAGUAUCUCUUUAAGCAUAGAGGGUUCCGCACACUAUGCACCGAUCUGUGCCUGAGCAGGUCAGCGCCGAGCUGCCAGCAACAUUAGAGCAGUUUCAGAUCACGCUGGGGGCCGAUGUGGAGGACAGAGUAGAGGAAUGCGUGAGGGAAGCAGCGAGGUGCCUGUACAGAGGGGCUAUAGUACAGUGCGGGGCGCUAGGGGAGCUGCUCAUUGAUUACAGCUGGGAGAAGUUAAAUGCGAGGAACUGGAGGGAAGUGGGGCGGGAGUGGCGUGCUGUGUAUUCCUAUGGCUGCCUGUUCAGGGCUGUUGGCUUGUGCAGUGUCACAGGCAGCAUAGAGGAAGCGCUGCAGGUAUGUGACAUAGGGCUGCUGAUGGGAGCAGAGAUUAUGGACAAUCUACUGGGUCGCAUCAUCAGUGUUUUACAGAGAAUAGCCCCCUCAAGGGAAGAAACCAAACUAGAGGCAGAAAGGGGUGUACGGGAACCUGGUCUGGAGAGCUCUAAAUUACAUUCUCCAGGGGAGCAUAGCAACAAGAAAUCUUUUGCCUCUGUUACAGGACGGAAAAGAAUUAGGGAAGGACCAGAAGCCGAUUUUGAUCCAAAAGGUUGCAGUAUUUCUGAGAAGGUACCUUGUCUACUUGUUCCGGUGCUGGAUUCUGAGACUGCCAUACCAAAGCUGCACUGUCCCUCACUUGAGCACUUCAGAGAUCAUUAUCUGGUACCCCAAAAGCCAGUUGUAUUGGAAGGAGUAAUUGACCAUUGGCCAUGCCUAAAGAAAUGGAGUGUGGAAUACAUACAGAGGGUAGCAGGAUGUCGCACCGUUCCAGUGGAGUUGGGGUCCAGAUAUACCGAUGCAGAGUGGUCUCAGAGAUUAAUGACCGUAAAUGAGUUCAUCACUAAGUACAUUCUGGAUAAGCAAAAUGGCAUUGGAUAUCUUGCUCAGCACCAGCUGUUUGAACAGAUCCCUGAACUGAAGGAGGAUAUCUGUAUACCAGAUUAUUGCUGCUUGGGUGAGGCCAGUGAAGAUGAAAUUACCAUUAAUGCAUGGUUUGGGCCAGCAGGAACAGUGUCUCCUCUUCACCAGGAUCCCCAGCAAAACUUCUUGGCACAGAUUGUAGGUAGGAAGUACAUACGAGUGUAUUCAGUAGCUGAGACUGAAAAACUAUACCCUUUUGACAGUUCAAUCCUUCACAACACAAGCCAGGUUGAUGUUGAAAGUCCAGACCAAAAUAAAUUCCCUAGAUUUUCCCAAGCAUCCUAUCAAGAAUGCAUUCUGUCUCCAGGGCAGGUUCUGUUCAUCCCAGUGAAAUGGUGGCACUAUAUCAGAGCACUGGAUCUCAGCUUUUCUGUCAGUUUUUGGUGGUCCUGAUCCAUGCUCUUCAACGGUGAAAAGUGGCUACACCUUGUUAAAGGAGAACUAAAUUCUAAAUUAAAUGUGUUAGGUUAAUAAUGAAAACUGUAUCCAGUAUCCCUUUCAGUAUGCUUCCACUAGAUUAUUCAGAGCGGCACAGAGCAGACAACAUGUAAAAGAUUAGAGCUAUAUUCAUUGUUAUUGCUGCUGCACCUCUAGUAUACUAAGCCUUAAUUAAAACCAUGGCCAGCCUUUGGGGUUAUUAAACUGCAGUCAUACGGUACACUAUAGGGAAGGAGUUGCAAACUAGCCAUCAACCUUCUAUUUAAGGACUUGAAAUUCAUAUUUUUUUCUAUUUAAAUCAAACCUUUAAGUAUGUACUGGACAGUAAUGGUAAAUUGUAAUUGUAAUUUGUACACUGCUAUUCAGUUGGUGUCCAUUGCACUAUUUUGGACAAGAUGCUAUAAACCAGUAGGCUAGUCCUAAGCAUAAAGUAUUUUCUUAUUUAUUUAUUUAAUUAUUUUUUAUGGGCUUUAGUUUUCAUUUAAGCAAUUCAAAAAUAUUUUAUAAUACCCUUCCUGUGGGAGACAAAAAAAGGAAACACGCAGGGGACAUAAUAGCUGUAUUAUUAUACAACAAACAAGACUGCAAUCAUAUCGCAUUGUAUAACACUUACAGUGUUAAAUGUAUAUAUGUGAUUUAUUGUUAAACAAUAAUUUUUAAAAAAUAACAGUAAAAUGUUUCAAAACAUC